AUGCUCGCACCACGCUAUUUGCGCCCUGUUUCUUCACUGGUGCGGCCUUUUAGCUCUUCCACCACCCUGUGUCGUGCUCCCUCCAUCCGUGACAUUACCCCCGACUCGGCUGCUGAGUUCAAUGCCCGCCAGAAAGAGUUUCGUGAGAAUUUGGAAGUAGCUCGCAAGAAGAAGGAACAGCAAGAGAGUCAGUCUGUCGAUGCUUCUGCCUCUGCCUCUGCCUCAUCAUCCCCUGCAUCCCGUGAUCGUCUCCGUGAGUACGCUACCGCUCCCACUGCUCCGCAAGCGAGCAAUGCGAGCAGUAACACCAGUCAUGUUUUUGACGCCGCUGCAACUCUUGACAAUAGGUCACUGGGCUUACUGUCCACGCAUCGUUCUAUAGGAGAAAAACAACUGCUGGACGCUAACCAGUCCCCCAAACGGGGUGCUCUUUCGUCGCUCAUCUACGGAACACGGGAAGGCCAACAGCUUGAUAAAGAUAUUGAACGCUCCUUUUCGCAAGUCCUUGCCCGCGGAAAAUAUGUCCAUUCGAUCGUUUUCCACGAAGUAAAGCCCGACAAAGUAGACGAGUAUGUUGAACUCGUCAGCAAGUGGUAUCCCCGUAUGGCGGGGAUGGAAGAAAACCGAGUGAAUUUGGUUGGAAGCUGGCGCACUCAAGUUGGAGACAAUGACACAUUUGUCCACAUCUGGGAGUACCAACGUUAUGAAGGUUAUCAUGCCUCACUUCACUCUAUCUCCCAACACCCAGAAUUCCCCGAGUUUGACCGAAAGUUGAAGAGUUUGAUCAAGAGCAAGAAGACGUCGUUGAUGCAGGAAUUCUCUUUCUGGCCAACGACCCCACCGCGCCGCCUUGGCGGACUUUUCGAGCUUCGAUCCUACACACUUCACCCUGGAAACUUGCUCGAAUGGGAGACACACUGGCGAAACGGUCUCAAGGCGCGCCGGGAAGUCAUGGAGGGAGUUGGCGCCUGGUUCGUUCAAAUCGGUGAAUUGAACACCGUGCACCACCUGUGGCAGUUUGCAAAUCUCGAGGAGCGCAAGAUUCGCCGUGAGCUGUCAUGGGGCAUCGAGGGUUGGGCAGAUACUGUUCACAAGACAGUCCCACUCAUUCAGACCAUGCAGAGUCGGAUUCUGACCCCUAUGCUUUGGAGUCCCGUGGGUUAA